GGAUCCGCGGCUGCAAGCCCAGACUUUCGCAGCUUCGAUCGUCUGACGUCCUCAUUUCAUCGCAGUGCGGAUAUGCAUCCCUUCGUUCGAUGGUAUCCAGGGAGAAGCAGUCGAGAUGAAGCGCAGUAGAGGCAGUCCGCUCGGUCGCAGGAGCAGGAAUUAAAGAACUCGAUGGGCAGAGCGCACUGUGCCAGGAGCAGCGGAUCGGAGAUCUGGUAGGGCUGAUCCUGAUCGACUGGUGAUUUCACGAUUCAGCGGUGCAGCACUGGCACGGGCGCAAUGACGUAGCCGACAGCGCAUUCUCGUUUUUGACUCCGGAGCUUCCGCCCUUAAAGCCCUUGCAGCCCGGCUACAAGCUUCUCUCCCUCAUCAUCACAUCUUCACCUUAAUCCCGUGUCUCUAACUCUAUACUCACCGUCGCGACAAUCUUGCAAAAUGGGUCUAGGUGGAGUUCAGCUCGGCCUCCGGGUGUGGCAGUUCGUCUGGACGGUCCUCGUCAUGGCCCUCAUCGGUAACAUGAUCGCGCAAGCCUUCGCCGGAAACCCCGCGACAGUCAACUAUGCCAUGUGGACGUCGUCGUUCUCGCUGCUCACGCUCUUCUACCUCGUCCCGGCAUCGUUCAACCCCGACUGGGCCAUCCACCCGAUCAUCAUGAUCGUCCUGGACGCUCUGAACUUUAUCUUCUUCUUCUCCAACGCGAUCGCUCUCGCCGCUAGACUUGGGUGCCACAGCUGCGGCAACCAGGAGUACAUCCACAGCAACGAAAUCACCAGCGGCUCGACCAACCCGUCGAAACGCUGCCGGGAGGCUCAGGCAUCAGUGGCAUUCCUCUGGUUUGCGUGGGCUGGGUUCGCGGUCUCACUGGUCCUUUCGAUCCUGCAGUCCCGCCGCGCUGGCGCCAAUCUGCGUCCUCGCGUUGGCCCUGCCCGCGGUAGCCGUCCCGGCAUGUCCCAGGUCUAAGACGAUGCCUGUCGCAUGGCACGUUAAUGAAGGACGGCACUAAAAAUGUCGAUGUCUGUCACGUCUGUCACGUCAAUAUCUUAUGGUCCAUUUCGACGACAGUAUACGGGAUACGUGUCG